AUCUGAUGAUGAUAUCAGAACUUUUAAUAGCCGGGUAAAUACUCAUUGAUAGUAAUGAAAAGAUUGAAGAAACUAAAAAAAUUUUAAUUUCAUUUCCGCAUUUAUUGUUUUAGAGAAUAUUAAAAAUGAAUGAUGAUCCAGAAAAUAUGGAUGUUGUUAACAAUUUAGAAGUACUUUGUUCUGCAAACCAUCAAUUUGCAUUAUCACUUUACUCGGAAUUAAACAAACAAGAUGGAAACAUAUUUUAUUCUCCAUUUAGUAUUCAUUUAAUCAUGUUCAUGGCAAGUAUGGGUGCAGCUGCUGAUACACUUGAUGAGCUGUAUACAACAUUACAGUUAAAAAAAAAUUCAAACUUAUUGGAUACAUUCUCAGACUUUCUAGAUGGUUUAAAAAAAUUUGAUGAACUUAAAGUAGCCACUGGAAUGUUUAUAGAUAAUUCUUUUAAAAUCAAGCAGAACUAUCUAGAAGAAACAAAAAAUUACAUGAAAACUGCUGUAGAAAUUUUAAAUUUUAAAGAAAAUCCAGAAAAUCAGCGUACUUAUCUUAAUGAAUGGGUUGAAAAAAAAACAAAUGGAAAAAUCAAGAAUUUAUUUCCUCCAAAUUCUAUUAACAGAGAAACUGCAUUAGUAUUAGCUAAUGCUAUACAUUUCAAAAGUAACUGGAAGAAGAAAUUUGAUGAAGCACAAGAUGAUCUAUUUUUUUUAACACCUAUGAACCAUAUAAAUGUUAAAAUGAUGAGUCUAACUGAGGAUUUAAAAUACUAUCAUGAUACAGAUUUAAAAUACUCUGCUCUUGAAUUACCAUAUGAGGGUUAUAAAUUUAAAAUGCUUAUACUUUUGCCUGAUGCAAAAGAUGGAUUAAGAAAUCUAGAAAACAGCCUAAACAAAAUUCAAAUAAGGGGACUUAUGCAGAAAAUGAAUACGUUUAAGGUCAAUGUUAAACUACCUAAAUUUAAAAUGGAGCAAUCUAUUGAUCUUAAUGAUGUAUUAAUCAAACUUGGUUGUUCUACAAUGUUUUCCUCUAGAGCUAACUUUUCAAAGAUCAGUGAUCCAUCUGAAAAUCCUUUGUAUAUAAGUAAAGUUCUUCACAAAGCAUUCAUUGAUGUAAAUGAAAAAGGAACUGAAGCUGCAGCUGCUACAGGUUGUGUAAAUCGGAAAAAAAGAAGUUUACAAAAAGAAUCUAUAUCUAUGACAAUUAAUCAUCCUUUUUUGUUUUAUAUUUUAAAUAAUAACAAUAUUUUUAUUUUUGUUGGACGUAUAAAUACUUUAUAUUCAUCUAAUCGAUGUACUCCUAAGGAUGAAUUUAAAUUUAGUAAAAAUGACGGUAAUAUAUUUUAUUCACCGCUAAGUAUUCAUAUUGUCAUGUUUAUGGCUGGUAUUGGAGCUGCAUCUCACACAUUCAAUGAAAUAUUUGACACGCUUAAACUGCCUAAAACCAAUACAAUUGAUUUAUUGGAAACAUACGGAAAAAUUUUAGAUAAUCUACAAAAAAAUAAUGAACUUAAGACGGCUAACGGACUUUUUAUUGAGAAUUCUUUCAAAGUGAAACAGAGCUACUUAUAUAGUAUCAGUACACAUCUAAAAGCUUCUAUUGAAAAAUUGAAUUUCAAAGAAAAACCUGAGGAUCAACGUAUUUACUUAAACAAAUGGGUUCAAAUGAAGACUGAUGGAAAAAUUAAAAAUUUAUUUCCCCAAAAUUCUUUUGAUGAAAGAACAUCUUUAGUGCUAGCUAAUGCAAUACAUUUUAAAUCAGACUGGUUAUAUGAAUUUAAGAGCGUUAAAAAAGAAUCAUUUUAUUUAACCACAACUGAAAUAUUUAACGUACAAAUGAUGAGGCUGUAUAAGAAAUUGCAAUACUAUCACGACAGUGAAAUUAAUUAUUCAAUGCUUAUGUUACCUUACAAAAAUGAAAAAUUUAAAAUGAUUAUUUUACUACCUGAUGCUAAGGACGGAUUACAUAACUUAGAAAAUAAUUUAUCAAAAAUAAAGCUUAGAGAAAUUAUACCUAUGACAACAUAUCCUAAUGUAAACGUUAAACUGCCCAAAUUCAAGUUUGAACAAUCAAUCGACCUACAAAUUGUAUUAAAACAACUUGGUUGCUCAUCAAUGUUUACUCGUACAGCGAAUUUUUCUAGAAUAUCUGAAUUUCCUGAAGACCAUAUGUAUGUUAGUGAAGUAUUACAUAAAGCCUAUGUCGAAGUUAACGAGAAAGGAACUGAAGCCGCAGCUGCAACAGGUAUAUUCAUAAAUACAUUAAAAAGUGGACCUAGAGAACAAGAAGUAAACUUUCAUGCGGAUCACCCUUUUAUUUUCAUAAUAAUGAAUGAUAAUAAUAAUGUUUUAUUUGUUGGAAGAGUAAAAAAACCAAUUAUAAAUGAAUAAAAUACGUUUCGAAAAUUGUAAUUAAAUAUUUUGUUAAUAAACAUUUGUAUGUUGUAUUAUCACCAUAGGCGUAAAUCGGAAAGAGGAUUCCCCUAUGCCCUCUCUCUGAUCCUCUGCCCCCAAAAAUUGAAAAAAUUAUAUGUAUUUUUAUAAAUAAAAAAAAUUAGUAUGAGAAAAAAUAUCAAUUUAUCCCCUCGAAUAUUUUACGUAAAUUUACUUUACGCCUAUGAUUGACUGACACCACAUACUGAAAUGUUUAUUUUUUAAUAUUUUGUCAAUUCAAAUAUAUAGUCCAUAUUUUUAUUAUGUAUACAAAAAUAAAUAUUUUGUACCAAAUAAAACUUUUUUAUCACAGUAAAAAU